UGAAACCGUCCCAUGGCAAUGACCACUCCGCCUGUCGGUUGACCGCCGGGCUGCCUCGAUGUACGGGCUUGUCGAGGGGACGACGGUUAACGCAGCGACCAACAUUGCCGGGCACGAUGGCUCGGGUCUGCUCCUGAUAGUGGUAUCGCUAGCAUCUCCCUUAUGUGAGAGCUUGCUUUCCGGGACGACGAAGACGUUCAGCAAGGUCGACGUGCAUUCGUCCGAGCCACAAGCGGGGUCAAGAGUACCAUUUCCGUUCGACUUACCCUUCCCUACUUUUGCGUUCAUACCAUCCCGACCUGAAUUCAGCGCUCUAGUUUUGCCUGAUGAUGAUGGCUUAUAGUUCUGGCGUAGCAAAUGGCCUGCCGCACACAAAUGGCGCAACCAACGGGGAGAAGACGAAGCCGGACAUUGUCAUCGUCGGUGGCUCCCUUGGCGGUCUCUUCGCGGGGACUGCUCUAAAACACCAUGGUUACAACACAACCCUUCUGGAGCGCACUCCGGAAAACCUUCUACACAACCAAGGCGCCGGCAUCGUAGCCGGAGGUGACACGAUUGAGUUCUUCAAGCGCUACGACCGGACUGGCAAGCCUGUUGCAGUGCCCAGCUACAAACGGAUCUACCUCGACCAAGAGGGCAAUGUUAUUCAUGAAGAGAUUAACCGGCAAAACAUGACCUCCUGGGAUCUGUGCUACUACCUGCUGCGGGCCAACUACGAUCGUGUUGAUAGUCCUUACCUUGCGGACGGCGGUAAGUUGCCUGAAGUGCGACCCACCGACGGCAACGUAACGUACCGCUACGGCUGCACUGUGACAAACAUCAAAGACGAAGGCGCCAGGGUCCGUGUCGCUUUCAAACGGAAGCAGAAAGAUGGUAGCGAAGUUUUUGACUCGAUUAUAGCAGAUAUGGUCGUAGCUGCCGACGGUCCCAGCUCCACCAUCCGCGCUAUGUUCGAACCGGACAUCAAGCGGACCUACGCCGGUUACUGUGUUAUCCGUGGCACCGUCCCCGAAAAAGCUGCUACUCCUAAAGCUUUGGAGGUUUUCCGCGAACGCUUCUGCUUCUUCCACGCUCCCGGUAUCCAAAACUUGACAUACACCAUCGCGGGCGAGCAUGGCAACACCGAUCCCGGACAUCGCUUGCUCAACUUCGUCUGGUACGCCAACUUUCCUGAAGCCUCUCCCGAGCUGGAGACAUUGAUGACGGACAAAGACGGCCGGCGAAGGCACAUCACGAUUCCGCCCGGCAUGAUUGCACGGGAAGCCUGGGAGAUGGUGAAGAAGAUGGGGCAUGCUCGGUUGCCGCCGCAGAUGGCGGAGAUGGCUGAGAAGACCACCGCACCGUUUGUGCAAUGCAUUACUGAUGUGAUCGCGCCUAAGAAUCUGUACAUGGGUGAUAAAGUUGUGCUGAUUGGCGAUGCGUUGGCGGGCUUUCGGCCGCAUACCGUCGCGAGUACGAGUCAGGCCGCAUUCGAUAGCAUGAUUUUGGCGGAGUGGCUUGAUGGCAAAGUGUCAAGAACAGAGUUUGUCAGACAGACGAUGCAAUUUGCGAGGGGCAUUCAGAGGAUGGGAGUGGAGAUUGGAAACCGAAGUCAGUUCGAGAGUCUGCCGAUGGAGGAGUAUAUCAAAGAUCGCAAUUACGCGAGUAUCAAACGAGAGGACAGAGAGUAUCCGGAGUGGACGUUGGAAGGACUGGAUGAGGUUUGAACAAGAUCGCACAUCUUCACGCUCACGCUCGUGUGGCGACGCUGCAUACUUCGCUCCCUACAAGCUUUCCGGAGCGCGGAUGGAAAAGGACGGAAGCUGGUUGAGGAUCCGCACGACGCUUCACAUGCUUGCAUGCAACCACUGGAUCAACGCGGACGCCUGCCUCGUAAGAUAUGCUCCCAUUCACAGCAACUAGCGCAACUUUGCAAAAUCACAUCACAGCAACUAGCGCAACUUUGCAAUAUCACAUCAUAGCAAUAUCAGUACACAGCAAAGACUCGACUACUCUAAAACGGCUGCGACAAGUUGGUCGGGACUGAACCAUGCUUGAUCUGCAACAAAAUAGAUUCUUUCUACGACGACUGUGCCACCUGUGUGCGCCCGAAGCGAG